AUGGCUGAGGCACCAAUACAGCAACAACAAGACACACAAGAAGAAGAAGAGCAGCAAACAGAGGAGCAAUUGAGCUCCUCUGGAUCUACUGACGCUGAUGAAGAUGUUGAAGACUUGAAAGAGGACAUUCAGGCGCCCCCGAGUAGACCCCUGCUGUCCAUGAGGUCCUUGAGCAUCGUGGACCCUGAUGACGAUUCGCCAAACAUGAUUGUCUACAGAAAAAUUGAAGACAUUGUGACUCUCAUCCAGGAUGAGACAGAGGGUGUUCCUAUCAGGACAGUAAAAAGCUUCAUGACCAAAAUCCCCAGUGUUGUUACAGGUACAGACAUUGUACAAUGGAUGAUGAAGAACCUGACUAUUGAUGACCCAGCUGAAGCCAUGCACAUUGGAAGCCUCAUUGCAGCACAGGGCUACUUCUUUCCAAUCUCAGACCAUGUCCUCUCUCUUAAGGAUGAUGGCACCUUCUAUCGUUUUCAGGCACCAUAUUUCUGGCCGUCUAAUUGUUGGGAGCCUGAGAACACCGACUAUGCCAUCUAUUUGUGCAAGCGGACCAUGCAAAAUAAGACGAGGUUGGAGCUGGCAGAUUAUGAGGCGGAGAACCUCGCCAGGCUUCAGAGAGCCUUUGCUAGGAAGUGGGAGUUCAUCUACAUGCAGGCUGAGGCCCAGGUCAAGAUUGACAGGAAAAAAGAUAAAACCGAGAGGAAGAUCCUUGACAGCCAGGAGAGAGCCUUCUGGGAUGUCCACCGGCCCGUGCCUGGAUGUGUGAACACCACAGAGAUGGACAUCAGGAAGUGUAGACGUAUGAAGAAUCCUCAUCGAGUUAAGAAGUCAGUGUAUGGUUUGGCAGAGGAGGGCACGCAGUCACGCAGUCCAAUCCAUACUCCUUCACACCACUCUAGGAAAGGAACCAAGGAAGAUGUAGAGAAGGAGAUCUUAUUCCUGAACUCCCAGCUAGAUCGACACUGUAUGAAAAUGUCCAAAGUUGCUGAAAGUCUGAUAAGCUACACCGAGCAGUACUUGGAGUACGACCCCUUGGUAACACCACAGGAGCCUGCUAACCCGUGGACGAGUGAUGACCAGUCCUAUUGGGACCUGGAAGCCAGCAAGGAGCCCAGUCAGCAGAGGGUAAAGAAGUGGGGUUUCUCCCUGGAGGCGGCUCUGAAAGACCCAGCUGGACGUGAUCUCUUUCUCAAGUUCCUGGAGUCUGAGUUUAGCUCUGAAAAUCUGCGGUUCUGGUUGGCCGUCCAGGACCUGAAAAGAAUCCCGCAGCAAGAAGUCGCUCAGAGAGCGCAGGAAAUCUGGGCUGAGUUCCUGGCAGAAGGGGCUCCCAGUUCCAUCAAUUUGGACUCUCACAGUUAUGAGCGUACAAGCCACAACCUCAAAGAUCCUGGACGCUACAGCUAUGAGGACGCACAGGAUCACAUCUACAAGCUGAUGAAGAGUGACAGCUACACUCGAUUCCUGCGCUCCAACGUUUACCAGGACCUGCUUAACUCAAGAAAGAAGCUGGAGACAGAGCAGGGUCGACGGACCUCACUGGAGAAGUUCACACCGAAGUGUGGGCAAGUCACUGACUGGCAAACGCCUGACGGGCCUCAUGCAGUCAUCCUGAAGAUAUUUGGCCUACAAGCUGGACGUAUGCUACUCAACAAAGUUGCAGAAAGACCUUGGCGUACGCGUGCGCGGUAUUGUGCUGGACUGGACCGCCAUCGCGCUUCAUAA